CAGAGGCCAACUGUUUCCGGCGACAAAAAGAACGCAGACGUUGAGGAAGACGCAUCCAUUUUACCCGGACGGAGAGUCGCCCUUGGUUUUCACUUCGAAAAUUACCAGUUUCUCUUUCAGCGAACGCCAGCCCCACCAUGACUGCUGCUGUGAGAGAUUCUGCCAGGGUGCCUGUCCGAGGUGCUGGUGAUGGCAUGGAAACUGAAAAACCUCUGGCCAACCCGGAGGUGAACACAGACUCACUGCCGCCGUGUCCACCUGAAGUUCCCCUUCUGAAGGUGGCCAGUCCAAAACGCAGCCCGAAGUCCUCGCAUCCUCCUGCUCCUCAGCCUCUCGGGGUUCUCCACCUCGGCAAGGUGAGCCGCGAGGCCUGCACAGAGGUGGAGGCCGUGAGGAUCAUCGUCCCACGUGCUGCCAUUAGCCGCUGCAGUCGUGCAGGACCCGCCGAGGGGAAAGGGGAGGCGGUGCAGCAGGGUGAGGAGCAGGGUUCUCCUCCGUUGCCUCUGGUGGAGGACUGGAGAAUUCAGCUGAAGAAGUUGCAGAACUCAGAGCGCAGGCUGCUGCAGGACAUGGAUGGGCUUUCCAAUCAGCUCCGUGUGCAGACAGAGGUGAACCGUGAGCUAAAGAAACUGCUGGUGGCGUCAGUGGGUGACGACCUCCAGUAUCACUUUGAGCGACUCGCCCGAGAGAAGAACCAGCUGAUUCUGGAGAACGAAGCCCUGGGUCGGAGUCUGGCUCACACUGCGGAGCAGCUGGAGCGUAUGAGCAUCCAGUGUGAUGUUUGGAGGAGCAAAUUCCUGGCCAGCAGAGUCAUGGCCGAUGAGCUGACAAAUGCCAGAGCGGCUUUACAGAGACAAACCAGAGAAGCACAAGGAGCAAUUCAGGACCUCCUGUUGGAGAGAGACGAGUUCUCCAGUGACAUGGUGCUCACGCACAGAUCUCUGGAGCAGCUCCUGGUGUCUUUGCAGUGGGGCAGACAGCAGACAUACUACCCCAGUGCUCAGCCCCUCAGCACCAAAGAGCUCGCAGCAGCCAAUCACAAGCUGGCAGACGCCAUCAACUCCCACCUGCUGGGCAACACCAGCAACAGAAGCAGCAGCAACAGUGUGGUGAAGAGUGGCAGUGCCACAGCUGAGCAGCUCUGCAGCACACCGGCCGAGAAGAUGGCAGAGAAGGUGCUGAAGAUUUUAGAUCCCAUUUCCUGUUCUGAGAACAAGACAGAGGCUCAGCUCAACGACUCCCCGUCAAACUUUCUCAACAACAACAAGAAGAGCAUCGGCAGGUUUCACCCGUACACGCGCUACGAGAACAUCACGUUUAACUGCUGCGAGCGCUGCUCUGGGGACAUCCUGGUGCUGUAGACGUCAUGGACUGCUUUUACCAAUGCAUAUACAGACACACAAGGUCACAUCCUGGUUUUCAAUAACCCAGCCCACCUAUUUCUAGGAAGCUGUCAGAGAUGUUCUGCAUUCUGUGUCUGCAGAGCUUACCAAGAAUUUACUAGGGUUUCUUUUAAAUGUUAUAGAUGAACAUUAAACUUUCAAUUGACAUUUCAGUCCACUAGAUGAUGCCGAGUGCUCAUUCUCAGAAGAGCUGUUGUGUGAGUAUGCCCGGUAUGAUUUUGCAAUAUUGUGAUAAAAUUGUAUCAUGGCGAUUCACACCUGUAGUGUUUAGCGAUGAAUUAUCGAUAUUUGACUGAGGCUGGGCACUCAGGGAAGCAGCAGUGGUCUGCUGUUGUCCCCUCACAGCAUUGACAUUUAAAAGACAAUGGAAAUGUUUCUGAUUGAUCCAAAGUCCUAUUUUCCCAUUGGUGACAACUGACUGGAAGUUAUGGGACUGGCUUAUGGCGUUUUUCCAUUAUACAGUUCAAGCAGUACUUUUUUUUUUUUGCUUUUCCAUUAGUGAAAGUACCUGGUGCUUUUUUUGGAUGUUAGCACCGAUGCCCUCCAUUGUUUGUCGCUUUUAAAAUGACAUCACAGCGGUUGUGCUGUGAAGUGACUUGAAGCGACGUGCCUGGACACCAAACUGAGUCGAGCCAAGUAGUGCUAGAACUGUACAAUGGGAAGGUGCAUUAUAUUUCAGGGGCAGUUGUAAGUGAAUUGGUUCACAUGCAAAGAGCGACAACGCGUCCCCGUCUGACUCCAGCACAGCGUCGCUGCUUAGUUCAAAUGUUCUGAAACAACGGUACACUCGCUGGAGGACAUGGAACAUUUUAAAGCUGGUACAACCCAUUUCACUGCAUAGCAGUUUCUAAUUAUUGUACUUCUUCGAUUUCAGAUAGUGAUUUUUUGAAUUUCCUUGAUGUUUAUUAUUACUUUUUAAAGAACUGGAGAUUUUGUUGAGGCAUAAUGCUGAUAACAUUUCAGGUCCACUGCAACUGGGAUUAAAUCUGUGCUAAGAGCUAUUUAUUUUUGGGACGCAAGGUCAACAUGAGUCAGUGUUACAUGGUGUAAUCAACAACAUUACUGAAUUCAAAUGUGAUUAAUUCAGGCUGGCGUGCUUUAUUUAUAUUUGCUCAUAUACAUACGUCGGUGUCAACCAGCAACAGAAUUACUGAGCCCCGGUUGCUCUGUGUGAUUUUAAAACACUGUAUUAAUGUAUAUAUUAUUGUGUCAUUUGAAUACAUUACAGUGUUACAUUCAAGAGGUAUAAUAGCCUUAUUACACCGUCUGUCAAUUAGGUUUGGCUUUACUUGAAAGAGAAAAAAUUGAAAAUGAAUUGAAAUUAAGUAUGUGUUAUUGCCUUUUAUUUAUUUAUUUUUUUAAGUACUGCUUUUGCCUCAUUAUACACUACUAUGAAAUGACAAGUAAUGCUGUAUGUUGCACACAUUUUGCGGUUUAUACUUUGGUUGUAUGCAUCUCUGUGGAAAGCAAUGGUGGUGGUUUACUUCCCAGAAAAUAUUCAUAUAUUAUUCGUAUAUCUGACCAAAAUAAAGACCAAAGUAGUUUUUCUA